GUAAUUUCUAUGAUAAUUUGUGCCAAUGUCGACGACGGCUUCCAUCAACAGCUGGUGCCUCACCUCCACCUCUCCUUCUGCUCAAUCCUCUACUUCUUCUCUCCGGAGGAGACCAACAUUACGGCCCUCCAUAGUUGCCAACCUUAAUUCUUCUCCUUCUCCUCCUACCCUCAUCCGCAACCACCCUGUUUUUGCUGCCCCUACUCCUUUGCUCAACCCUUCCAAUUGGAGAGAAGACAUGGGAGACAAGUCAUACGAGGAAGCCAUUGAAGCUCUCAAGAAAUUGCUCAGUGAGAAAGGAGAACUGAAAGCAGUAGCAGCAGCAAAGGUAGACCGAGUAACAGCUGAGUUAAAGACAACAUCAGCUGGUGGCAAACCAUCUGAUUCUGUUGAGAGGUUGAAAGAAGGAUUCAUCUACUUCAAGAGAGAAAAAUAUGAAAAGAAUCCCGCUUUGUAUGCUGAGCUUGCCAAGGGUCAAAGCCCCAAGUAUAUGAUUGUUGCCUGCUCCGACUCCAGGGUCUGCCCAUCCCAUGUGCUAGACAUACAACCAGGGGAAGCUUUCGUGGUCCGAAAUGUUGCUAAUAUGGUACCACCAUAUGAUCAGAUUAAAUACUCUGGAAUUGGAGCUGCUAUUGAAUAUGCAGUUUUGCAUCUCAAGGUACAAGAAAUUGUGGUAAUUGGGCACAGUGCCUGUGGUGGAAUCAAGGGGCUUAUGUCUUUCCCAUAUGAUGGAACCACCUCUACUGAUUUCAUAGAAGAUUGGGUUAAAAUUGGAAAGCCUGCUAAGGCCAAGGUGCUAGCAGAAAACCGUGGCGAGCCUAUGGGAGUUCAAUGUACAUACUGUGAGAAGGAAGCAGUGAAUGUAUCCCUUGGAAACCUACUGAGUUAUCCAUUUGUGAGAGAUGGAUUGGUGAAGAAAACUCUAGCACUCAAGGGUGGUUACUACGAUUUCAUUAAAGGAUCUUUCGAGCUAUGGAGUCUUCAGUUUGAGCUUUCAACCCCUCUCUCCGUAAAAGAUGUCGCCACGAUACUUCAUUGGAAGCUCUAGGAACAUGCUUAGAGGUCAUCCCUGCAAAGAUGAGGCUCUGAUCUUCACUUUCUUCACAUUAUAAUCUGAACUAAGUUUUGUAGACGAGACAUAUUUUAAAGAACUGGGAUGCUUCAACUAUUUUAAUAAUGUUCAACCAAAUUUCUGGCUAGAUACAUGAAUAUGUGGUU